GCGCCUCUGCAUUUCGUUGCAAGCAGCGGCGAGCGAUGGCGUUCCUGCCGACGUUGGUCGACUACUUCGUCGAAGUGUCCAUUGUCGACACGGAGCACACUUCGGUUCGCGCGAUCCGUCAACGCAUCCCCGCCACCGACCGCGACCACUUCCCACUCCCCGAUGGCGUUCGAUACUUUUGUCUCCCAGACAAACUCAACCUGCGGCCACGCGCCGCCUACGAACGCGUGCCGACUUUCCACUCGUUUACCCUCACCGGCGGCGACGGCUCCCGCGCAUUCGGGUUUGCGCUGACAACGUACGAUCACGACGAUGACCACUGCGGCCACGCAAGCGUUGCCGUACCUCGCGUGUUUUGCUUCAUUUCGCACUUUCCAAUCUUCUCGCUUUUCCAACAAGUGCUCGGUUGGAUUUACCACCAUCGCGACCACGUCGACGACACCGCCCCGUGCAACCUACGGCGCUGCAUCCUUCCCAUGCCACGUCGCAGCGGCAAUCAAGAGGAAGUGGCGGCCGUGUCCGCCGCCGUGCCGUGGGCAAGCAUAAUCCACGACUUUGUCAUGACGAGUGUGGCGCCGCACGGCGGCUCCAUCCUGGACGUCCACCUCGGGCUCGAUUUCGUGUAUACGCACACGCUGCACAAGAGCGCGCUCCCGCACGUCGACGACAUGUGUUUCCAGCUGCUUUUCCAGCACCUGAGCGUCAAGAACAUCGUUCUCAUUCUGAACUGCAUGAUGCUGGAGCAGCGCAUCCUCAUCCACUCGUCGCAUCAUGGGCUGCUGACGCCCGUGUGCGAAGCCCUUUGCGCGCUGUUGUACCCGUUUGUGUGGGAGCACGUGUACAUCCCCAUGCUCCCGAUGAAGCUCAUCGACUACUUGCAAGCGCCGGUGCCGUUUUUCAUGGGGGUGCAUACGACGUACUUGACGACGAAGAUCGGCGCCGACUCGUUCGCGUCGUGCGUUGUGAUUCACCUCGACAAGGAUAAGGUUGUGCGCCCCAUCCACGCGGCACUGCCCGACUGGACGGGCCAAGACUUGCCUCACGUGGAAGACCACCACCUCCCCAAGUUCCCGCCCGCUCCGCUCUCGACCCUCGUGGCGACCGUCAAGACCGUCCUGGAAGAGUACGCGCCCCCUACCAACCCCCACACUGCUGCAACGAACCGCAUCCGCCAACGCCGCAAAGCACGCACGUCCGACGCGCUCACGAUCGUUCGCAGCAGCUCCGUCGCAUCGUGCGACCUCCAUUGCGACACCCCUCCGUACGUCGCUCCCGAAGUCGAGAUAUCGUUUGGCCAUGGACCGCUUGGCAUCACGUUCGAGUCGUCCCGCGUGUGGCUGCUGGCCACCGGCCUGGCCGAUGCGUCGUCUACUCCGUCGUGUGCAGCUUCGGCCGUCGUGAAGGCAUUUCCGCAGCUUCAAAAUGGCCUUCCCGGCCCCGCGGCGCUGUCGGGCUUGAUCGCCCCUGGUAGUUACCUUCUCAGCGUCAACGACCACUCGACGUUGCACUUGUCGUUCGAAGCAACGUGCGAAUUGCUUCGCCACGAACCGCGCCCGCUCGUCCUGCGCUUUCAAAACGCGACGCAAAUGCCAUACCAGAACGCGAUGCAGUUUGCAGCUCGCGUGCGCGCGUCCAGCCUCGUGGCGCUUCCCCCCAACGUCCCGCGGCCAGUGCAAAGCGUCGACCACGUCGAGUGGGUCGACGCGAUUCGCGUGGCAUUCGCCUCGUUUUUCAUGGUGUUGUUCCCCGACAUUGCGCAGUACGUGACGAUUCAGCCCGCGCUUGCGACGACAAAAAAAGGACAAAUCGCACGACGCCACAGCGUCCAGCGGUUUGUGUCGUUUGAUCGAGAAGGCUUCCUUCGGACGCGCCGGUCGCCGUCGCUCGCCUUCUUCACUGCGGUCGUAGACACCCAGGCGUUUGUGGCGUUUGUAAACGACACGGCAGUCGGGCAAAGUCCUCACUUGGGGUUGGAGUCUCCCUUUGUCGACUUGUUUCAUGAAUGCGUCCAAGUGAUGGAUGUGCCGGGGGCAGUACAGGCGCGGCUAGUGCGGGGGGCGGCGGUCGGACCCGACAAACGAGUCGUGCUCAAAUGCCAAGGAAGACGUGGCAAGGCCCCGUCUCCCGUCGCAACCUCCUCGAUACAUGCAUCACCUUCGUCCCCGACUGAGCGAACUACUGCAUCGUCGCCCGCCUCGUUCACGUCUCCGUCGGUCAUGUCCAAGUUGUUUCAGGAUUUGGAGCUUGAAAUCGGCGAGGUCGACGUGGCAGACGAGCCAGUGAUCCGGGUCGACACCCCGCAGAAACGCAAGUCGGUCACGCGACAGUUGGAAAGGUUGAUCUGUGGCGCUGUGAUUGAGGUGCCACGUGAAGGCGACAUGCACCAGGGCAACGGCCUCGGGCGGCGGCGGCGCUCUCUCAGCGACACGUCCAUGCUUCAGCUCGAAGAAGAGCUCCUUCGCCCACUCGAUAGUGACGUCGUCCUAGCGGCAGUCCCAGUAGGAAAGCUCCAUCAACAGGGCACGAACAGCACGACGGUGGCCGUGGCUCGGCAGCCGCACGACGAUGGCGAGAUCAAACGCAAAAUCAAGCGAGCGCCGCGACCCAAGUUCACGUCGGACAAGCUCUGGGCCGCGUUUCGGCGCAAGGCCAAGGCAUGACGACUUCCACGUGCAUUCCCCAAAGAAGACCAAAAUGCUGUCGGUGCUGGUCGAAACUUGAUUAAAUAGCUCAUCCGUCCCUUCGAAAUCCGCUUCGGAGUUUGUCGAAGAACGACACUUUUUUCGGAGGCUCUGCAACGACUGGAGGGGGCGGCGUGGGAGGUGGGUAUGAAGAACCAGCCGUGUGCCUCCGCGCCUUCUUCGUUGGCGACCCCACUCCUGCUGACGACUGCUUUAGUCUUUGACUCGUCGCGUUCAAUUGUUCAGGUGGAUGGCCGUCCGCGGCCAUGAAGGCUUUGACUUCGUUGUGGGAGAACCCCAAGGACAGCAAGUUGCUAAAUUUGGCUGUCAAUUCAGAGUGCUCGUCAUAGGAUGGAAUGCGAGCCACAGCGCUUUUUCGAGUGUACGACGAGGGAGCAGCGGCCGCACUUGCCGAAACUGGUGGCGCGCCAAACAGGUCGUCGUCGUCGGCCGCUGGGGCAUCUGACGUCGUCGUGGCGCUCGUCCGCUUCUUCUUUUUCUUCUUGCGUGUUUCUAACGGCUUGGUUUCGUCCAGCGCGGCCGUAAGCCGUGUCUCGAGCUUUGCAGCUUGGAGAUGCUGGCGGUACUUGGGAAAAUUGCGCGCGUCGAGCCUCGUCCGUCGAGGAUCUGUGAGGGUGUUGUGGGCCCUCGCGCG